AUGAAAAAGAAACGUUGGCGACCGCGGGGGCUUCGGCUCCUCUAUGUUUGCUUCCUCAUCGCCUGCGGCCUCUUCUGUCCUUCGCUCAACGCUAUCUCUGUCGCUGUUCCUUCUCGACAAGCGAGGCGAUUGUCGAGAGGAACAUCUCGUCCUCAGAGCAGUCGCCAGCCUUCUCCGUCGUUUCCUUCUUCGUUUUCUUCCUCUCUUCCUUUCUCUGCUUCUUCGUUUCCUUCUUCUCCUCCCUCCUCCUCUCUUUCUUCUUCGUCGUCGCCCUCUCUUUCUCUUUCUUUGUCUGCUAUUCUUCCACUGGCUUUCGCUGUUCCCCAGCAGUCGGCCUCUUCAGUUUCGUCUCCUUCCACGUCUCCUCGCCUCUCCUCUCUCUCGCCAGUUGCCUCGUCUCUGCGUCUCGCAUCACACGGUCUUCCGUCCUGCAGUCCAAGUUCUGUCAGGAGUCUCUUUGCUUCUUCUCCGCUUCCUGACUGCUUCCUCUCUCCACUCGCUCCUCCCGUCACGAUACCUUCCUUCUUCAUCCCUUCACCGUCAUCGUCCUGUCUUGCUUCCUCUGUGUGCUCUCCUCCCUCUUCUUCUUCUCCUUCUCCCUCCUCUUCUCCCUCCUCUUUUCCUUCCUCUCCUUCUCCUUCCUCUCCUUCUCCCUCCUCCUCUUCUCCUUCUCCUUCCUCUCCUUCUCCUUCCUCUUCUUCUCCUUCACCUUCCUCUUCGUCUCCCUCUUCUCCUUCUUCGUCGUCAUCCGCGGUGCCUUCCUUUGAUUAUUUUUUCCAUCCUCUGACGUCUCCGAAGCACUAUUUGUCUGCGCAGUUUCCAUCGUCUUCUCUGUUUCUGCGACUGAUUUCUUUGCUUCCGCCUGCGCCGUCUCCGGCGAGUCCGAACUAUCGCGAGAGGAAGCGCGAGCGGAAGAAGGAGAGGCGGAAUCACUUCCGGCUGCGCUCCUUCAUAGAAGACAAACUCCGCGCUCGCCACGAGGAUGUCUUUCUGUUUCGACAUCUCCACGACUCUUCGCUGGUCGACGAGAGCGAGGCGAAGAAGAGCAACAAAGUCAUUCACCCGAUCUUUCGCUCGGUGGAGGCGACCUUCCAGAAGCGCCGUUUGCAGGCGAGAAGAAAGCAGCUCCUGAAGCAGGAAACCGCCCUUGCGGCGGAGCUCCAGAGCUGCUCCGACGCGCGAGAAGGCCGAGAGCGAGAAGAGGAAACUGCGAGUCUGGAUGUGGACGCCCACCGCGCGGGAGACGAAGGAGAGACGGACGGCUCAUGCGGACGCACAGGGACAGGGCCAGAGGUCGCGUUGCCUGCAGAGGCGGAAGAAGACAACGAGCGAGAGGUGAAUCGAGGCGGAGAGGCAGAAGAGACGCACAGCGGAACUCGAGACCUCGACGACGCGUCGGCUUCCGAAGCCAGUCAGGAGACAGAGGAGGAGUCGCUUCCGCUCGGAGACAGGGUGGAGACAGAGGCGAAGAAGACUGACGAAGAGCUGGAGAGAGAGUUGGAGGAGACGCGGAGAGAGAGGCUGCGAGUGGAGGAGGUAUUGGAGGAAGUCGCCGCCGCGGAGGACCGGGCAACGACAGACCUGAAUGCGAAGAAGGAGAAGAAGGGGAAGAAGGGGAAGAAGGAGAAGCAGAAAGCGUCGCUUCCGAGGAAGCGAAGGUCGAGGAGGGCGUUGGAGGUAGAAGAAGGAGAAGGCAUCUUCCGGAUCCACAGAAUCGUGGAGGAGGCCGAACAGGCGGAAGAGGCGAGCCGCAAAAAAGACGACUUCGGCGAGAAGGAAAGAAAGCACCGUUUCCGCCACAGGUGGGAAGUCGAUGAGAACUCGUCUUAUAGACGAAAAGUUCUUGAGCGCCGCGGACUUGUGGCGAUGCCUCUCUCGAAUGCGGUGCCCGAAGAGAGCGAAGGCGCCGACGAAGACUUGGUUCCGCUGUCCGAUGAAGAGGCAGCGGCUUACUACGCUCAGGCCGAAGACCUUGGAAAGGAAGCUCGACGACUCAACGCCAAAAUGCUGCACCUCUCGCAGAAGCUGCUCGCGCGAAUUUACGUCAUCGAACAAGACUACACAAUUUCCUUCGACGAGAGAAUGGAGCGGAUGAUGCCCCUGAGGAAGGAGUUGCGCCAAGUCCAACGGCCCUACCACAAGAUGUUCAUCUGUCUACUCAAAGAAAGAGACAAACGCGCAGGCGUUCCUUCACUAGAGUACACAGUCGACAAUCCUCUGCUGCCGCCCCCAGAAGAAGAUCCCCCCUCUUCUCCGUCUUCUCCGUCUCCUUCUUCUUCUCCGUCUUCUUCUUCUCCGUCUCCUUCUUCUUCUCCGUCUCCGUCUUCUUCUCCGUCUCCUUCUUCUUUUUCUCUGUCUUCUAAUUUCUCUGCUUCUUCUUCUCCGUAUUCUGCGCCGUUUGUCCCUCCACCUGCGCAGCGGAAGGACGCUUGGCAGAGGAAGCUCUCGGCGGAUUUGCCGAUUGUCCCUUUCUACAAAAGAGCCACAGCGCCGACGGCAGACGGCGACGUCGACUCAGAGAGUCGCGACACUCAAGAAAGACGAGACGGAGAUCCAGACGCACCCGAAGGCAGCGAGGGUCGGCACAGAGCCGAUCCCCCUUCGUCUUCUUCUGCUUCUUCUGCUUCAUCUGCUUCUCCGUUGUCGGCUUCUCCUCCGUCUCCUUCUUUGUCGGGAAGCAGACCGUCGCAGAUCAAGUCGCGACGGCUGUUUGAGGCGCCGUAUCCAGCGGAAGACGAGCACUUGCCUGCAGCCCCCCCCGAAGGUUCCCCGGUGUUUCAAGAACUCGUUUGGAACCUCAGCGCGCCCAAAUGCUGGGCAGGCGCCUUCUACGUGAGGUCGCCGGGGACGACCCUGGGAGUCGCAACGAGGAGCGCAGUCCGCGACGGACAGACUCUCGCAGAAAAUGAAGAAAAAGAAGGACCUCUGGAGAGAAUGACUCCCGAGGAGGAAGAGCGGCAGCGGAGAGAAGAGCGCAAGUUCUUUGGCCAGUGGUGGACGAAAAAGCAGCGCAUGCUUGCGGAGGGGCAGCCGAACUUCGAGUGGCGGUUCACGGAGCUCGGCGAAGGUCGUCGCACUGGAGAGUAUUUCUUCGGUUUCGACAACAUCCUCAAAUGCCGCAGAAAGCGAAGAAAGCGACUCGGCCGAGGAGACGCCAGCGGGAAAGGCGGCUCUGCCGGACGCGGCACCAAAGGCCAAAAAUCGCGAAGUGGAGGCAGCAUUCCGUUGAGCUUCGAAGGCGGGCAAAUGCCCCUCUACCGCAAGCUUCCCAAGUUUGUGGGGAGACCUCUGGGUCCGGCACACCAAGAAAAGUAUCGGAAAUAUCCUUUCCAGUUGAUCCGCCUGCCGCAGCUGAACGUGAUGUCCGACGGAGAGACCUGCGAUUGGCUGACGCUUCGCGAGCGCGGCGCGGGUCUCGGCAGAUUCAAGAGAGACUGUCCGGUCAAGGUUGUCGGACCUUCCCUGAAGCAAGUGACCCUCACCAAAGAAGGCGCGGACCUCACGGUUCGAAAUUUGGUUGUCAAGGCUCACGCAUUCACCAAGAGCGCGGCGCGGGCGAUCCUCGCCCUUGGUGGGCGGUGCUUGCUCCUGCAGCGCCGGACGCAAGACCGCGUCGUCGCCGAAUAUAAUCCGGACUACCGUGUACCGGCGAAGCGUGAGAAGUCGCGCGACACGGUCUCUGCAGAGACAGACGGCUCUGAAGAACUGGAGGACAGCGAACGGCCUCUUCAGCAGCUUGCGCGGCUCCGCCGCCGCGUCCUGUCUCUCCAACUCCAAGGACUGACGAAGCUGCUGCGAGAGCACAGAGGCCGACUGCAAAGGAGCACUCGGCAGACGCCGAAGCGAAGGAGAAGAGUUCUCAACUUGGCGUCGCGCAUUGACCGACUGCGGGCGGAACUCGCAGACCUCGCAGACGAGGAAGACCGCGAGCGAGACGGAGAACAAGACGGAGAACAAGAGGGAGACCAAGAGGGAAAAGAAGGAGAAGAGCUGAAAGAAGAAAAACUUGUUGUGCUGAGGACAGUGCCCCGGCGAUUCGUGUACCCUGGAAGACUGCCACCAAAGCAGAGAGAUCUCCUCAGGUGGAGGCGCUUCCUCAGGAAGAAGCAGAAGGAAGAGCGAGAGAGACAGCUCUUCUCUGAGGGGACGAACGGGCAAACCGAUGCGGGAGCUUCAGAGACAAAGCGAGAGAACCAAGCACCCACUUAG